AACAAGAAACUUAAUGCAAAGAAGGCGAAAUCGUUGACAAACUCGCUGCCAGCAAGAACAGUCAAUCCAAAAUCUAAUCCAAGUCAAUCCUUAUCUGGCAUCGAUCCGAAGGAGUGGUUAAAAACUAGAAAAACUUGGGCUUUGUCAAAUUAA